AUGGCAUGGCUGGCUAAAAUACGUCACUCGACAAUCGCCUUAAAACGGCGAACGACGACAUGUGCCGUUGACCAGCUUCGUCCGACAGCCAGCUGCGAAACCCACAUCUUUACGAUCACAUUUUUAGCGGUUCUUCGAUUGAUUAUCAUGAUGGCGGCGUCGCGCAUGACGGCAUGCCGGGCUAUCGAAAGCCUGUGCCGUCGUCAGGUCAUCCGAUCGCCUUCGGCGUCCGCUGUAAAACUGCGAGCCGGUGUCCAUCCGAGUACUGCCAUAGUAUGCAGGCAUGUCCAGCUGAGGCAGCAGAGCACGUCUGGUUCAUCGCACAAUGGUACCAAGAAGACAAACUCUCCAGCUCCUCCACCGCCGUCUUCCCAAGCACGCCAGCUUUGGAGAGCCUUGUCCUUUCGCUCGCUUUUGACUUCAAUGACACCGCAAGGGAUGAAAAAGAUGUUCAGAGAGAGUCCCGAGGAGCUUAUUCUGGCCUUGGCUAUUCUCGCUGGUUUGGCAGGCGUCUCAAUAUACAUUGUCAAGCUUUACUUCGACUACUUCAUGGCUCGUCAAUUCACCAAGUAUCCCAAGCCGAUCGCAAAAUCUCUUCGUCGAGCGCUAUACUACACCAACAUCAAGCCCGACCCGAACUUGGCGAGGAAAUAUUACAAGCAAGCCUUGGAGCAGUGCAACGAGCUCCAGCUGGACCCAUUCUCCGACGAUGUACUAGGCAUUAGAAUCCAAACGGCCGCUUGGCUUGAGAAGAUUGGAAACUAUCAGGGAGCCAUAACUGUAUUAGACUCGGUAAUGAGGGACUGCCUCAAGUGGGUGGAGUGGAUGGAGAAGUCCGUCGCGGACGGUGCAGUCGAUAAGUCCGGAAAGCCACCUACCGUCAGAGCAUUGCCGGAAGAAAAGCGUCCGGUUGUCGCAGAGAAUGGCGAAGAGGUUGUUGUUGAAAAUUUAUGGCACAAACGUACACGACUGCUGGCCAAGGCUGUUGGCACCAGCACCAAACUCGGCGCUCUUUACUCAGACGAACACGUCUUGGAGCCAGAAAAUGCCCAGACCCGCUUGACGUGGGCCGUCGAGACUGCCUUGACAGAGUCACGGCGUCGUCGUGAAGAAGGUGUUAAAGAGGAGGAGGGCCCUUGGAUGAGCCCAGAGGAGAUUGGAGGAGCCAUGGAAUCCCUGGCUCACCACUACGAGUCCAAGUCUCAGUUUCAUCUGGCAGUACCGCUCUUCUUCCAGGCAUUGCGUCUCUGCGCCAGCCCCUGUCACCGAGUUACUAUCAUGAACAAUUUGGCCGUGGCCUUUGCGCAGCAUCCUCUUCAAACCCCGCUAGGAAUCGUCCCGAAUGCCCCUGCAACAUCCAACGCAAUCGCCAGCCCUGAUAUGCCAACGGACCGUGCCGGGUUCCUGGAAGCCGCCAAGAACUGGGCUGGCAAUGCUUACUCACACUCUAAGGACAUCCAAGGCGAUGAGCGCACAGAGGAGUGUGACGAGGCUUGUGCUGUGGCUUUGGUCAACAUGGGUGACAUCGCUGCUAUGUUGGGAAAGAAAGAAGUCGCCAGGAAACGCUUUCAACAGGCCAUCGACAUGAGCAAAAAGAUUGGCUUCGCUUCCGGUGUCUCUCAGGCCGAAGCGGGUCUUCAGGAGCUCUAAGAUGUCCUCAGGACACACUCGCUUCGGCCGCUCUUACGCAUCUGUUCCGCUGCUCCUCGAUACGCCAGGACUUGAGGACCCCGUACUCGAUAGAACGGUACCACCUUCGACGUUGACAGGGCAGUGGCGUUUUAGGCACCCUCGUUCAUGUCCGCAAAGUCCCUGCAUAGGGCUGGAGCUAAGCAAGAAAAGAUAGGAGCUCGCUUCUGCUGCUAUUACUCAGCCCUGCCGCUUCUCAGUCACCUUGAUUCUAAGAUCCUUGACCUUUUUCAGAUGUUGAUAUCUUACUACCUUCUGGUAUUGGUCCUUGGAACCUUUGACAGGGACGGCUGUGGCGGCGGAAGAGUGCCAUGCCGGCACACAUGACCUCGCCUGUGUCUGGACAGCAACAUGCGAGCCUCACAGGAACCCGGCAAGCAUUGUAUUUGUUAGAGCCACCGCCCACUCGGAAUGAUGGCGGAUCAGCUGCCGUGCUAGAGAGCUGGCCGCGGUUUCAAUAAACCUGGACUCAAUUGAUGGCUAUCACAAGACACCGCAAUGCCAUGGUAGAACCUGCAGGUAAUGGGAAACAAGUCAGCUGUCUAAGUCGUUGUUAUUGCAGCCGAAGUGCUUGUUGCUGCCGAAGUGCCUAACCUGUCACCGUGGGGCUGGGAACGAAGUUCGGAUAAGGGACAGGCUGCGCUUCGCCCUCUCCACGAUGCCUUGUUCCGGUUCAGGUCCAGAAGUCGUGAAAAACUGAAAUCAGAAAUGGGGCAUUUGCAUGACUCUGUAAAUACCGCGAAAUUGCCUAUUCACGAUUCAACCUCAAAAAGGCUUGUGCCAACGUACACCCAAGCAACAAUUCGGACCCCAAAUAUGUCGUUGCCAAUCGCGUGGCCGGGCCAUAGCGGCUCGGCGUUCCAGCGGACGCAUGUCGACGGGUUCGGUUCAGUCCCCUGCAUGCUCACCCUGGCACAUCCCCAUCGAUGC